AUGGCUCGCGGCGGUGCUGUCUCUUCUCGUGGACGUGGAAAGUUCAAGGUGGCUCGAGGAGGUGGCCGACACUUCUCUCGAGACCUUGAUCCCCGUUUCAGCCAGGAGGAUGAGGCUUCCGAAUCAUCAUCAUCUGAAGAAGAAGAGUCUGAAGACGAGCCUGAGCCCGUCAAGCUUGCUCCUGAGAUGGCUGCUCUGAAUCUCAAGCUUGGAAACACAGUCUCGAUUGAUGAGCAGAAUGGGGAGGAAGAGAUGAGCAGGGCGGAAAGGAAAGCCAUGAAAAAGGCGCAGGCUGCUCAAAAAACUAUCGUGGAGGAAUCAGAGAGCAACAGCGACGAUGAGGAGGAGAAGAAGCCCGCACCGGUGUCCAAGGCGGCGGCUAAGGGUAAGCCCAAGAAAGUGGAGCCCGUGCAGUUGUCGAGGAAAGAGAGGGAGGCUGCAGACAAGAAGGCGGCGGCGCAACGUCAUCAGCAGCUACAUGCUCAAGGCAAAACAUCUGAGGCCAAAUCUGAUCUCGCAAGGCUUCAGGAAGUGCGAGCUCGCCGUGAUGCGGCGGCCGCCCAACGAAACGCCGAGGUUGAGGAGAAGGCCAGGGAGGCCGCUGCCAAGAAGGAGAAGAUCGACAGGAAAUAA